CAUUGCCCCUACAAAUAAAAACUCCCUCCCACCUAGUUAUUAUACAUAAGCAGCAAUCUUCUGACUCCAUUGACUUAUACAAAAACAGUGUGUCAUUCAGUUGGUUAGAAACUGUAGUGUUGCCAGUUAAUACGUUAGUCUUUUGUCGAUUUAACCGUACUUAUAUACCCAUUAACCAAAAUGUCUCUCGAUGAAAGAUUCAACAAAGCCGCUGAAGAUGUUAAAAAAUUGAAAAGUACCCCAUCAAAUGAUGAAUUACUCGAACUCUAUGCUCUUUUCAAACAAGGUUCCGUUGGGGAUGUUAACACAGCAAGGCCAGGAAUGUUAGACCUUAAAGGUAAAGCUAAAUGGGAUGCCUGGAAUGGUAAAAAGGGUACAUCACAAGAUGCAGCCAAAGAAGCCUAUAUUAAAAAAGUUGAGGAAUUAAUUGCAAAAUAUGGUUUAUAAGACUGUUAAUAUUAGUUAAUAUGGUUGUUUUCCUAAUAUAAUAAUAAUUUUAUA